CAGAGCAGUUGCUGAGACUUCCCACUGCCCCUUUCUCCUUUGCAUUUAUACCUUUGGCUUAACUGGUCACCAAAGAGGACAUCCCUAACGGCCUUGCCUGCUGGAAGCCCUUUCAGCUCACUGCAUUUUUCCCUUCCCUUAAACCAGCACCUCUUAAUUUCUUGCUAGCUUUUUGUUCUCCACACACUAUAAGAUCCAUAAGGUCUGGGACCACUUGACAGCCCUUACCCCAGAGUCAGUGUGGGGAUAAGGGACUCUGAUAGUCGCCCCUGUGCACGGUUCAUCCAUCCUCAGUGUCUGGCUCAUCAAGAGUGUGUGCAAGUGAGGCCCAGAGUUACUUCACUACCCCAAGGGCCCACCACUUCUAUGGCGCACUCCACUUAAGUCUGUGCCUGGGCAACGGUCUCCUAGGAGACCGGAAACACAGGGCGGGGCUCGAGAGGGCGCCUGGGCGGAGGCGCCAGUGAGCGAGCCCGCCGAGAGGCGCAUGCAGGGAGUCAGUGCGGCGCUUCUCCUGAGCGCGGGGCAGGUGGUGCCCGCGGCUGCCUGGUACCGCCAGGAGGGCAGCUCGGAGAGGAGCUGGCACCAGAGGCCGCAGCCACCCGAGCUCCACACCAGUUCCCAAUCCCGCUGGCCCUGGGCACGCAGCUCCGAGUUCCGGCCGCUAGGGAGGCUGCAAUGGUCUGGGCCCGCCUCCGCCAGGCCCGAGGGGACUCGCUGUGGGGAUUGCAACCCGUUGCCUGCGCGCCACCUAAGCAGCGCUCACGAGGCGUUCGUGCCUGGUGCUCGGGGCACUGCCGAUCCCCACCGCGUCUGCUCCUUAGUCCCCCAGACCCAGGAUGAGCCCUUGCCUGGUACCCUGCAGCCGCCUCAUGAUUCCCUUCUCUGGCGAGGAUUUUCCAAGAGACCUCACCACAUGGGGCGACUCAGAAACGCCAAAAUCCACGUAGAGAGAGCCGUCAAGCAGAAGAAGAUCUUUAUGAUUCAUGGCCGAUACCCAGUGAUCCGGUGUCUCUUGCGCCAGAGGGGCUGGGUAGAGAAGAAGAUGGUCCAUCCCCCAGGCACCACCCUGCCACCAUCCCAGAAAGAUCUAGACAGCUCGAUGAUGGGCGAUAGUGAUGCCACAGAGGAUGAGGAGGAGGAAGAGAACGAGGACCUUCGUGAGACACAGCUGUUGGACUUCGAAAGUUUUCUGGAACUUGAUGACCUAGAUGGGUUACAUGCCCUGAUGUCCCGCAUGGUUCGAAAUGAGACCCCCUACCUCAUCUGGACCACUCGGCGGGACGUGCUGGAUUGUCGCUUCCUUUCCAAGGAUCAGAUGAUAAAUCAUUAUGCCCGUGCGGGCUCCUUUACUACAAAGGUGGGCCUUUGUCUCAACCUUCGGAAUCUGCCAUGGUUUGACCAGGCUGACGCUGACUCCUUCUUCCCGCGCUGUUACCGCUUAGGGGCAGAGGAUGACAAGAAAGCCUUCAUAGAGGACUUCUGGCUGACAGCUGCCCGCAACGUUCUCAAGCUGGUGAUGAAGUCGGAAGAGACAAGAGAGGCAGAGGCCCUCCUCGAAGACACACAGUCCAAGAAACAGGAAAAUAAGGCAGUGACAGUGUCCCCAGACUUUGUGGAUGAGGCUCUGAGUGCAUGCGAGGAGCACCUUAGCAGCAUGGCCCAUAAAGACAUCGACAAGGACCCCAGUGCCCCACUGUACUUCAGCCCUGAGGGUUGGUCCCUCUUCCUCCAGCGCUACUACCAAGUAAUCCAUGAAGGGGCAAAACUCAGAUACCUGGAGGCCCAGGUCCAGCGCUGUGAAGACAUCCUGCAGCAGCUUCGGGCCGUGGUACCCCAGAUAGAAAUGGAAGGGGAUCGAAAUAUCUGGAUCGUGAAGCCAGGAGCCAAGUCCCGUGGCCGAGGGAUUAUGUGCAUGGACCACCUGGAGGAGAUGCUGAAGCUAGUGGACUGCAACACCAUGCUGAUGAAGGACGGCAAGUGGGUCGUGCAGAAGUACAUCGAGCGGCCGCUGCUCAUCUUUGGCACCAAGUCCGACCUGAGACAGUGGUUCCUGGUGACUGACUGGAACCCACUCACUGUGUGGUUCUACCGAGAGAGCUACAUCCGCUUUUCCACACAGCCCUUCUCCCUGAAGAACCUGGACAACUCUGUGCACCUGUGUAACAACUCCAUCCAGAAACACUUGGCGGCGUCUUGUAACCGGCACCCAUUGCUGCCCCAAGACAACAUGUGGUCCAGCCAGAGGUUUCAGGCCCACUUGCAGGAGGUGGGCGCCCCAAAUGUCUGGUCCAGUGUCAUCGUGCCUGGCAUGAAGGCUGCUGUGAUCCACGCCCUGCAGACCUCCCAAGACACUGUGCAGUGCCGGAAGGCCAGCUUCGAGCUCUAUGGGGCCGACUUUGUGUUUGGGGAAGACUUCCGGCCCUGGUUGAUUGAAAUCAAUGCCAGCCCUACCAUGGCACCUUCUACAGCCGUCACUGCCCGCCUCUGUGCUGGUGUGCAAGCAGAUACACUACGUGUGGUCAUCGACCGGAGGCUGGACCGCAGCUGUGACACGGGAGCCUUUGAGCUCAUCUAUAAGCAGCCUGCUGUGGAGGUGCCCCAGUACGUGGGUAUCCGGCUCAUAGUGGAAGGCUCUACGAUCAAGAAGCCCAUGGCAGCAGGCCAUCGGCGGACAGGGGUCCGCUCAUCACUCCCUCAUCUGCUGACCCAGCAAGGCUCUGGGGAAGGCAAGGACUCAGGAUCCCCUACCCACAGGUCAGCUCCUAGGAAAGAUACUGGAUCCAGGAGCCUCGGACACACUGAGAAGCAAGACUCUACUGCCACCACCUCGGCCCCCGGAAAGGGGAAGAAAGCCCUUCCCUAUCUCCCUAGCCUCCAUGCCGAGGCCUGCCUGCCUUCUCCCUGCGUGCUCCGACCCCAGGGCAAGGUCCUCAGACUGCAGCAUGGCCAAAUGGUGGGCUCUAAGGCUCUGCCAGCCACAGGCAAGGCCUUGAUGCCUCUACCUACUGCCAAAGUUCUGAUGUCCUUCCCACCUCACCUUGACCUCAAGCUUGCACCCAGCAUGCUGAAGCCAGGAAAGGUGGGCCUGGAUCUGUGCCUCACACCCUGGCGGGUAGUGCUGAACAGUGGGAUUGGGGCUGAAGGGCACAGGCACAGGGCAGCGCCCAGACCAUGCAGCACCCCAGGGAAGGGCUUCUCUUCCCCAGAACCCUGUUCCAAGACAGAGGCCUGAUCAUCUCUCUCCCCUCCCCUCCUUUACACCGAGGCUGCUAUUCCCUUGCACCUUCGAGGCUCCCACUUUGGAAGUGCCUUGUGGCCUCUGCCCUUUGAAGCUGGACCUCUUCCUAGCACCCACAGAGAAGUCAAGGCCAAAGGCAAGUUCAAGGCCAGACUCUGCGACAAACCCAGGGCUGAGGCAUACCCCGAGAAGAGGCUGAGCCUCCCCAAACCUUUCACCCUUGAUGUCCCAGAGUCUGGGGACCAUGGGAGCUAUGAGGCUAGCGAAACCCCUGCUCUGAUCUUCACUGCCCCAAUCCUGGAUCC